CACCAAUGUCAUGUCCAUUGUCAUCACGCGGACCAAUAGAAGGGGACGUUCACAUAUACUUUGAGACCCUCACCCCCGGCAUUAUAUCCUUCUCCAAUAAGAAAUGCGCUCACGCCAUGACACACGACUGCCCAUUUCUAGCUGAUUCCAACUGCUCACUCUGCAGUGCAUGCGCCUACGCCGCUGCAAAUGGCCAGCCGUGUUCUUGAUUGGUGUCUUGCUAGGGCCGGUACUACUACUGGAAGACUUCUCUCCCCCGAGCGAAAAAGCUCACCCAUGGGGCGGUACGUUUCUACUACAGUACAAAACCCAAAAAGUCUUCUGGGAAAGGGUGCGGCUGAGGGGACCCCCCUGGCAGGAGUGGUGUGAAAGGAAGCAAACUUGUCAACUUUGAAGAUUAAAAUCGCUGCCGAGGCAUGCGAACCCGGCUUUGUUCAUGUCUUGUCCAUGUUGAGCCCCCUAUGCCAAGGGAUUCCUAAAACACGAAUGUGGACACCGGACUCAGAGGAAUGCGCAACAAACGAGAGUGAUUUUGUCGGAGUACCCAUAUUAGGCUUGAACUUCUGGAAGCCGGGGUCCUUGAUUUCAACGUUGUCGUGUUUGUGUCCCUCCCGCUCGUCCGCCCUCUUUUCCCUAGCGUUUGCUGUCUCUUCUUUCGGGAUUUUUCCUUCCAUCGGCUUUUUCUUUGUUUUUUUCUUAACUGGCAUACAUGGAGCUCUUGGGCAUGCAGAGAGCUUUAACGCAGCUUCUAGACUUGCGUGCGCCUUGCAAAAGGCACAUUCUGGAGGGGUAUACGAUAAGGGAUAUAACAGAUGCGGGACCAUGGCAGGCCCCCUAAUUUUUCAUUGUUUUUUUUUUCCUGCCUUUUCUAUCUGCAGUUGUUAAUCACGAGGCCACGAGAAGUGGAUGGGGUUGGAGGGUGGCAUUCUGUCACUCUGUCAUUCUAGCAUUCCCAUCCCAUUGUUACCAUACACAUACAAAGGGGAUACAGGACGCACCGACCGGAACACAGUCGUUUUUUUUUUUUUUUAACAAUGCUUUGUCCUCUUUUUAAUCCACAUUUACAGCAAGCUGGAGUUGAGGGUCUUGUCUUUACUAGUGUAACAUAGAA